GUUGUUCCUUUUGUUAGAGAAUGGCUGAAUAAGGCUGAAUACCAUUGUGGUAUCUAUGCUGGAGACUUUGUAAACAAAUUUACUUUUCUCGGCACGUGGAGUUAAAUAACAUAUUCAUUAUUUAAGAAUGCUUAUUAAACAGUCGAAAUGAAACAAUUGUCUGAAUCAAGGACUAAACUGGUUUUCGAAAAGUUAUCGAAAUACAUCGGGAGCAACGUGAAGUUGCUGAUCGACCGGCCGGAUGGCACCUACUGCUUCCGGGAGAGGAAGGAGCGUGUGUACUAUGUGUCGGAACGCAUCCUUCACCUGGCAGAGACGGUGGCGCCAGAGCACCUGGUCUGUGCCGGCACCUGCUUCGGCAAGUUCACCAAGGCCGGGCGGUUCCACCUGCACGUCACCGCGCUCAGCUACCUGGCGCCGUAUGCCCAGUACAAGAUCUGGUUGAAGCCGUCAGCGGAGCAGCAGUUCCUGUACGGACACAACGUGCUCAAGUCUGGGCUGGGCCGCAUCACGGAAAACACGCCCCGCUACCAGGGUGUUGUCGUGCUCUCCAUGAGCGACCUUCCACUGCAGCGAACAGAACGGGCGAAGGAACCGGGCGGCAACGCUGUAGUGUCGUCCGCUACCUGCUGGACCGCCGUUCCGUCAACAAAACUCCCCGCGCAUUCUAGGUUUCGGCACGGCAGCGCGGUCGACGGCAGAGUGCAAGCACGCUGACCCCAUGGCCAUCAUUUGCUUCCAUCAGGCAGACGUGGGGGAGUACAUCAGGUCCGAGAGUGCUCUGAUCUGAAGCACUGGCUUCUUGCGCCAUGACUUUUUUUAUUCUGCAAGUGUCGCACUUGCACAGAAGCAAAAGAUACAGACUGUUUGUUCUGCUGCCAGUGAAGCUGUUACUGGGAAUAUCAGCUGAUAGUGCUAUGAGUAAUAAAUGUAUUAUUGUGUUUGUUGUA